GUACUUUUUCAAAUAAAUAACUGAAACUGAACAAUCUUGUAGAGGAAGUGAUAAUUCAAACAUACACCAUUUUUUUUAGUCCUAAUAAAACCGACUAUGAACACAGAGUGUGAGUGUGUCCAAAAUACAGGAAGUACCAUAAACAAGUCCCAAAUGAACCAUAAAGAAGCCAUAAACAAGCCUCGAUGAAAAAGUUCAUUGCAAAUCCUUCAAAAUACACCAAAGACCCUUAGUUAGCAUGGCUGUGCAUGGAGGGGUCAAUAACAGAGGCCUUAACUGCUUUAUUUUAUCCAACAGAAAUUAAGACUUCAACUACUGAUGACAUUUCUGCUUAUGGAUACAUGGAACAAAACAUCACAAUUUCAUGUUCUUUUACUUGGGCUCACAGCAACAGGAAGUAUUUCUGCAGAGAUCCAUGUAAAGACAGAGAUAUUCUAGUUAAAUCUGAACACUCACUUAUUAGGAGAUUUAAACUGAAGGAUUUUAAGAAUGGAACCUUCAUUGUGACUAUCACUGAACUACAGGAGUCAGACUCUGGGGUAUACUGGUGUGCAGUGGAACGGUUUGGUGUAGACUCGUAUCAUAAGGUGACUGUGAAUGUUUCUAAAGGGACAGGUUUUAAAAUACAACUGACCACACCAAAAUGUUAUGUUUCCACGCCUUCACCUACAGAAGACAGCAGAACCUCAUUGGCAUCAACAGAGCUUAGCAAAACAUCUGUUACAGCUGAAGCUUUCUUUGACAAAGGCAAAAAAGCAGUGCCUCUGUAUUCUAUCCUCUAUGCUGUUGGUGGUCUGAUUGUCAUGGUGAUCAUAUUUGCAGUCGGACUUGUCACUGUUUGUCAGUACAAAAAGCAAGUCAAGACAUCAGCAAGUUGUGUGCCAGAGACAUCUAUUGGGUGUAAAAGUGAGGAGACCAACAGUGUUUAUGACAAUGAUCUUGAUGACAGACCCAGUAUCACCACAAAAAAGUUUAACAAGACAAACGACUUCAAGAGCCAAUCAGAUCCAGUCUACGAAAAUGUACAGUUUAAGACACAGAAGGCACACGCUAGAUUUGACAAUCUUUAAUCUGUGCAGCGUAUGCAGUCCAAUAGUCUCAACUGAAAUGAGUGAAUGUGCAGAAGUACACUUAUGAGGAAUAUGUAGUUUUGUGAAGUAGCAUGCACAGUUUCAAGAAACGUACCUUAUUUGUUAGUCCUUUAUCUACUGUCCAGUCAGCUAGCCCUAAAGCUUUAAAAGCAGUAUGUGGUCCAUUUAGGCAGGGGUGGUUCUAGAGGGCCAGGGGUGGCAAUUUUAUGUAAUUUUUUAAGCAAACUUUUUCGAAACGGGGCACCAGGUUGGUCAGUUGCUUGGGGCCUCAGAAAUCGUAACUGAUUGAGACACACCCAUGGUUUAAAAGUUUCCACACACACUGGUAAGACAAAACUUCAUUUGUUUACUUGUUGCCAUAUCAAAACUGUAUAGAGAAAAAAAUGCGGCAAAAAAAAAAAAAUAAAUAAAUAAUUUGAAGAUAUCGCCAAACGUUCAUUUUACAGCAGCAAAAGUACUAUUUCUAACCAAAGUUAAUUUUCAUGUCUGUUUUUAAUGUUUAUUUAAAACGAGGCAAACUUGGUAUAAUUUUUUAUCUCCAAUCUGUUAGCUAGCAUCUUAAUUCUUAGCUAUAGCCAGCAGAAGUGACCAGCCAUGUUUAUAUCCCACUUACGCUGAUGGGGCACGUUGUAACACUGCAUUACAAUAUGCCCAAUAAGAGCAAACUUUAUUCCAUGCAGUCGGAUAUGUAAUUUACAUAAUUCACCUUUUUUGCGUGUGUGUCAUCAAUCCAUGCAUUAUUUAAGUCAAUGCAGUUUUUUGUUGUGUAUUCAUUGUCAAAUGUCAAAAUGAUUGCUAUAUUAUACAUGACAAAGUUAAUAAAUGGCUUUUAUUGACGUAAUAUCAUAGUUUGUCUUCUUCAGGGCCAUUUCUACUGUUGCUAUAAGC